UUUCGCCAGCUUUGCCAGUGCGCAUGCGCCUCACACCACACGUGUGGCAAACGUUUGGACUCGUUGCAUGCGACGGAGCUUAGAGAGUUGGUAUCGCUGUAAAAUACAUCACAGGAGAUCGCAUUUUGCAUCGUAUCGUUAAUCUUUCAGAAGCCAGUCGAAUUAAAAUAGUCCUCCGUGAAGCAUUUCGCCGAGAGGGCCGGAAUAGCACAAAAACACCAUGACUGAAGCACAAGUCAACCCAAAGGCCUACCCGCUGGCCGAUGCCACGCUGACCAAAACUAUCCUGGAUCUGGUGCAGCAAGCCUCAAACUAUAAGCAACUGAGGAAGGGAGCCAACGAAGCCACUAAAACCCUGAACAGAGGCAUCGCUGAGUUUAUCGUGAUGGCUGCUGAUGCGGAACCACUGGAGAUCAUCCUCCACCUGCCGCUGCUCUGCGAGGACAAGAACGUCCCCUACGUGUUCGUCCGCUCCAAGCAGGCCUUGGGCCGGGCCUGUGGGGUGUCGCGCCCCGUUAUCGCUACCUCAGUCACUAUAAAAGAGGGGUCUCAGCUCAAGCCACAGAUCCAGUCUGUUCAGAUGGCCAUUGAGAGACUGCUUGUGUGAUUUUUCUUUCACUGACAAAAACUCCUUGAGGGGAAAAAAAAAAC